GCCGCCCCUUGUUUUCCGCGGGCCUCAGCUGGGAGGCAGUCCGGGGCUUCCCAGCUGCGGCUGUUUCGGGCCCUGCAACACGACCCGUGAUCGACGGUUGUAGCUUGAGAAUUGCCUGCAUCUGUCGAAGAAUAGCACAAAAUGAGCAAGAAACUCCAUGGAUCUGUAUCAUUUAAGGAUGUGACUGUAGGCUUCACCCAGGAGGAGUGGCAGCACCUAGACCCGAGCCAGAAGUCCCUGUACAGAGAUGUGAUGCUGGAGAACUACAGCCACCUGGUCUCCGUGGGUAAGGGGUAUUGUAUGACAAAGCCAGAGUUGAUCUUCAGACUGGAGCAAGGAGAAGAGCCAUGGAUAUUGGAGGAAGAAUUCCCAAGGCCAAGCUUCCUGGAAUUUUGGAAAACUGAUCACUGGAAGGAGAGGAGCAAAGAAAACCAACCUAAACACUUGUGGGGAGUUGUAUUCAUCAAUAACACAAUGCUGGCUAAAGAACAAGGUCCCCAACAUGAGGAAGGCUUAGCUCUGUACCACAAUGUGUCCACCAUCACCAACAUCCAGGUUUUGCCAGGGUCCAGCCAAGCUGCACUACUGGAGAUCCAGGAGAUUCUGGAAAGCACAAUAUCUGCCUCUUGUUCCUCAGAACUGACAGUGGCCUAGAUAUCUUUAGCUGUAGCCAGCAGAUGACCACCACAUCAUUCCCCAGUCCAAAGGACACUAAGUCCAAAGUCCAGCUUUGAUGUACAAAUGAGAAAUUUCCACUGAAAAGAGAUUGGAUGUAUACCUGUGGGACUCUCUCAAAGAUGCUUCUGAAUUCACAGUUUGUUAGUGUCACUGGGGAAUCCACAGGUCCCCAACUGUGGAGACACCUCUGCUACUGGGAGAUCCUGCAGCUCCACAAGACCUGGAGCCACGUGGCUGUGAUGUCAGCACAGACUGUCCUGCUAUGCCUGGACCCCACUGUUGCUGACCAUUCCAGACUAGCGACACUGCAGGAACCACGCGGAGCAGAGAAGUGGUAGCGGUGCUAACCUCCCACAGGGCCUGGCCACAGGAAAGAGAGGAGACAUGAGGCCGAGUCUCCUAGUGUCUAGGGUACAUGUCUGGCAACUGGAAAGUAUCAUUCAUGGAGACCCAAGUCCUGGUAACCUGGCUCAUGUGCUGACUUCAACAUCAAGGCUGCAGACUUUAGCUUCAGCAAUGAGUUUACCACUGGCCACACACUCAGCAGACCCCUGUGCUGCUCUAGAACCCUUAGGGGGAUGUGUGGACCAUGCUGUCGCUCUAUCCUCUCAUGUGGUCACCACAUCCCUGCCUUUGUUGAAGAGAUCCAUGGAACCGUGGGACUGUGCAAUGAGCACCAAAUGCCAUGUCCCUUUCUUUACAUGCACAGGAUGUGAGAAACCCCUGAUAUUCAACUCAGUGGCACAGGUCCUUUAGAUGACAUCAUGAGGGACUCAUGGGUGACAUGGGCCAGAAGGACCUGAGGCCAUAUGCAAAGCCCCUCCCUGACAUCAGUCAGCUCCUUAAGCCACAUGCGGACAAGACUCAGGACCCCCUGAUGGGCCUCCAGGAACACCUACUGGAGGGCAGUCCCAUUGUGGUAAAGCUCCAGCCUUCAGAGAGUUGACAACACUGCAGACCUCCCAUCUUUUCAGACCAGGCCAGACGCUCUGCUGAUCUCAAGCACUGGAAUUCCCAGGCAGUGGGAAUACACUUUGCUUAUUACUGUACAAGUAGCAAUGUGGGUAUGUGGGGAGGACAUGGGCUCAGAGUGCAAGGCAGCACAGCCCCAGCUCAACCAGGAGGCCUCCCCUCUGCUCACACGAAAAGCUAGAGCUCCACAUGCAACCACCUGCCUCCGGGUGUGCUCUCCAAGGGACAUCCCUUUAAUUCUGGGCAAAUGUGUCCAAAGCUAAGAGCUGAGGCCAGGUAGGUGCCACCAGGAAGUUCCUCAGCUUCUUAGUAGAUGUCCAUGUUUCAGGCUGACCCCCGCCACAGGGCUCAGAGCAGACAGAUGCAGAGCAGCAAGAAAGCAUGAGGGAACACUGAGCUUUGCUCCUUCAGCUUCAGAUAAGAGCAGGAAGACCUGAGCUCCACAGAACCCUAGGAGAUGGUGCAAGUGACUGCACCAGGAGACUGCCUGGGUACACAGUGCAGAUGUUGUGUUCCGGGGAAACUUGUCCAAGGGAGAAUGGGACGUGUGUACACGGAGUUGGCCUUGGCUGCUCAGGAUUCAAGUCAAGACACCUCUGUGGUAUGAAAAACAUUGCAUCCAAAAUAUCUGCUGGCUUUUCUAACAGGAUACCUGGGAAACAAGAAGAAGGGCUGGCCAGCCCCCUGUGUGAAUCCUCAGGUGUGGAGAAGGACAUUCUAUAGUUUACCUUUCAAUGUAUGACCGACACGGGACUUUGAGCCUGACCAAGCCAUGUGAUUGUUUGAUUCUGGAGGAAGUCUAGCCAAAGUAUUAGUGUGUAAGAAAAUGAUAGCAGGACCUUAGUCCUUGUGGAAAGCUUCUGGGACAACAUUAGAUGCUUUACUGAAAUAUGCCGAAGGAAUGAUAACAUGAUGGCUAGCUAAGUCAGAGUCCGGUUCUGGGAUAAUUAAGUGGUAAUGUCCUUACUAAUCCCAUUUCCCCUGUUGCUGCUUUUUGUGUGAAUCCCAAUAAAAGGCCAAAGAAAAUUAUAAGUGAGGCUUCGGUCCUGGAGGCUGUAGCCCCUGG